AGGUACAGUAAAAGUUAUUUCCUGAGUCAUAAGCUUAAAUAAUUCACAUUUAGAGACCAUAAUGAUUUUUUUGUCUUCCAUUCUAUUUAUUCCUUAUAUUUUGUUUACUUGGUCUUAAGAAGUCUUAAAUUUAUCUUCAUAAAACUUACAGAAACUCAAUAAUGUCACCGUGUAAUCCAAAAUAUGCACCAUGGGAGGGGCUCUUCCAUAGCAAAUGCCUUCCUGAUCUUGGGAGAAAUUGCUUUAAAAAAGCGAUUGGUUGCAUAUGGUGUGUAUGGCAUCGUUUCAUUGGCUGAACAGGUGCACUAUUGCACCCAGUUUCAUAUGACUGCACCUGCGCUCGCCCUACCUGUUUGACCUGACUUGAGCGCACCAAAAGUCACGCCCACCUUUCCCCAGGUCAGCCGCUGUAGCAUAGAGGAGGAACUUUCAUUCUUGGUUUUCCUUGGAAUUGGUUGGGAUUUUGACUCAUGCAGCACUAAUCUAGAUUAGUGAAGGAAGAUCUGCUUAUAGGACUGACAAAAUGGGGUCUGAUGAGGCCUACAACUUUGUUUUCAAAGUGGUUCUUAUUGGAGAAUCUGGCGUUGGCAAAAGCAACUUGCUGUCACGGUUCACCAAGAAUGAGUUUAAUCAUGACAGCCGGACGACCAUCGGAGUGGAGUUCAGUACAAGAACUGUGCAGCUAAAUGGCCUGACCAUCAAAGCUCAGAUCUGGGACACAGCCGGACUGGAGCGGUACCGGGCCAUCACUUCUGCAUAUUAUCGAGGAGCGGUUGGAGCUCUGCUAGUCUAUGACAUUUCAAAGCACUUGACGUAUGAAAGUGCUGAGCGCUGGCUAAAGGAGCUCUAUGAUCACGCAGAUCCACAUAUCGUAGUGAUGCUUGUGGGCAAUAAAACGGACCUGUCAGCAGUGCGAUCUGUUCCAUCAGAGGACGCCAAGGACUUUGCAGAAAAGAAUGGUCUUCUGUUCAUGGAAACCUCUGCUUUGGAGUCAGUAAACGUCGAGGCAGCGUUCAACACUGUGCUUACUGAAAUCCAUAAAAAGGUGAGCAGCAAAGAAGUGACCCGAGGCUCUAUCAAUGCUGUGACAUUAUCUCAGCCUAAAGCUGGAGCAGAUGAUGCACAGGAGGAAAAGAAGACCUGCUGUAAGAACCUGUGAAAGAACAUUCCAGGACUUCACAAGGGGCCCAAAGGAGUUGUGAAUUCAGCUUGUACAGCAGAGCUAUCAUUAAGAAAGAACGAGUAUGAUAAAAAAACAAAAGGAAAUUCAUUUCAUUGACUGACAUAGCCAUAUUUGUAUUGUUAAAUAUUAUGUAACAAGUAAAAGACAUUUUAAUGUUUGUCAGGUUUGACAAAGAUUAAUGUCAAUUUUAAUUAAUUUUAAUGUUUUCCCUCUCAGUAGGAUAUUUUUCUUUGUAUUAUUUAUGAAAUGUCAUGCCAACAUCUUUUUUUUUUAACUCACAUUUAUUCAUUUAACAGACUUUUUUUUUUUUUUU